UCUAUUCGCCAACCCGCUAUGUCAGAUACACUUCCAACUAUCGAGGUUGCGACACCUGUUGGCUCACCCGAACCUUCAGAAGCUCAGACGGAACCUCCGCUUGCCCCUCCACCGACGCCUGCCACUGAAGAGCCACCGGAAGAGAAAUUGCCAGAAGAACCAUUGCCUACUACGGAAGAAGAGCCUGAAGAGGAAGAAUCCGAACCAGUUCAAAGCCCGCCGGCUGAUGAAGAGCCUGAAAGAGGCGGUCCGGAGACUAAGCAACAAGAAGAGCCUGAGCUUACCCCCGAGGUCAAGACUGAAGAGCAGAAUCCUGUUCCAGAAUCGAGUCAAGAGGUCAAACCGAAGGUCGAAUCGCGUACGAAUCCUACAACGAAUCCUCAAUCCGGAGACCAAUCUCCAGAAGAGCCAGAGUCAAAUACCGAGAUCUCAGUACCACCCGCGAAGGAGGUCGCUGACAGCCCCAAGCCAGCGGUCAUACCCCCACAAGAAGAGGAGACUCUCCCACAAGAGGAUGAAGCCAAAGAAGAUGCCACUGAGAAGGAGCCUGUUGUGGAAGCCGCCGCGGUGGAACCGAAAGUCGAGGCAGAGUCUAGUCUUGCCGAAAAUUCUGAACCUGCUGUCGAAAAACCUGACGAAGCCAAGCCAGAGGAAGCGCCUGUCGCACCCCCCGAAGAGCCUGCGGUGGUAGAACAGAAACCAGUAGCUCCUCCACCUGAAGAACCUGCAGUAGUAGAAGAGAAACCAAUCGAUCCACCUGAAGAGCCAGCAGUGAUUCAAGAAGAGGCACCGGCUGCUUCGCCUGAAGACCCUGUGGUAGACCAAGAGGAGGAAAAACCUACGGUGAACGAAGAGGAAGCUCUUCCAGAGCAACCAAAAACUCCUGACCCUGCUGCUGUCGCCGACGAGUCUGUCGCGGAUACGAGUGAUGACAAUGUGAACACAGCUCGUAAAAGAGACAGGUUCAGGCCCAAGGCAUUUCCGCCAUCGGUGAUCAGGAUAUUCACAGGGCCUGAAAUCGCCAAAGCGGCGGUGUGGCUCAUGAAGGAGAAGGCGAAGGGUGUGGAUAUCACACCGCAGUUGGCUGCACUCAUGGGAGAUGCCAUUUGAUCAAGAUGGUAGCUCUCUACUUCCCCUUUCCGUAUUAUCGUAUUCUGUCUUACCAUUCUUAUACUCGAUCCUCUCUUCUGUAG